AUGUUCUCGCUGAGGACGGCGCAGCCCGCCCAGUCUUUCCUACGUCGCGCUGCGGUCGGCUCUUUUGGCCGUAUCUCAAUUCCCGCUAGAUCCUUCGCAAGUGUUCAGUCGGACAUCUUCAAGCCCACCAAAUAUGGUGGCAAGUACACCGUGACUCUUAUUCCAGGUGACGGAAUUGGUGCCGAGGUCGCCGAAUCAGUGAAGACCAUCUUCAAGGCCGACAAUGUGCCCAUUGAGUGGGAGCAGGUGGAUGUCAGUGGUGUUGACACGGGAAACAAGCACUCGGAGGAGCUUUUCAAGGAAUCGAUCGCCUCCCUCCGACGCAACAAGCUGGGCCUCAAGGGUAUCCUCCACACCCCAGUCGAGCGUUCCGGACACCAGUCGUUCAAUGUCGCUCUCAGACAAGAACUUGAUAUCUAUGCCUCCAUUGUUCUGAUCAAGAACAUCCCGGGGUAUCAGACGCGCCACGAAAAUGUCGACCUUUGCAUUAUCCGUGAGAACACCGAGGGAGAGUACUCUGGCCUUGAACACCAGUCCGUGCAGGGUGUGGUCGAGUCUCUCAAAAUCAUCACCCGUGCUAAAUCUGAGCGUAUUGCCAAGUUCGCUUUCAGCUUUGCUCUUGCCAACAACAGGAAGAAGGUCACCUGCAUUCACAAGGCAAACAUCAUGAAGCUUGCCGACGGUCUGUUCCGCAGUACCUUCCACAAGGUUGCAGAGAACUACCCCACUUUGGAGGUCAACGACAUGAUUGUGGAUAAUGCUUCCAUGCAGGCCGUGUCUCGGCCCCAGCAGUUUGAUGUGAUGGUCAUGCCCAACCUGUACGGUGGCAUUCUGUCUAACGUUGGAGCGGCCCUUGUUGGCGGCCCCGGUCUGGUCCCUGGUUGCAACAUGGGACGCGAUGUUGCUGUUUUCGAACCCGGAUGCCGUCACGUUGGUCUCGAUAUCAAGGGCAAGGACCAGGCCAACCCCAGUGCUAUGAUCCUUUCCGGCUCCAUGCUUCUCCGCCACCUUGGAUUGGAUGACCAUGCCAACAGAAUUUCGAAGGCUGUGUACGAUGUAAUUGGUGAAGGUCAAACGAGGACUCGUGACAUGGGUGGCCAGGCCACCACUCACGAGUUUACCAGAGCUGUUCUGGACAAGAUGGAGGCUGCUCUGUAA